GAUGAAUGGAUAUUUGUGUGGAUUAAAAUUUUCCUUAAUCUUUGAAGUAGUUUUGUAAAGAGGAGCAGAGAAAGGGAGUGCAGUCAUUGGAUGUUUUUCAAAAUUGGGAAAUACUGUGUCGUUUACUAUAUGCUUAUGGGAAUAUUCUAGUGGUAAGAGAGAAAUGUAUGCAGAAGACAGGGCUGGGAUUGAGUGUGAGAUACUUGAAAUAAAGAGUUUGGGUGUAUUGCAGUUAUUGGCGAUAAAAUCUUCUAGGUUGUGACUGUGAAAACAGAUAGCUGAAGUGUGGGUUGGGUGGUUUGAAGUGAGGAUAUCUCAGAGCUGAGGGUGCAGGUGUUGAAAGGAUUUUACGUGUCUAUGUUGGAGUUGCCAAGAAUGUUGAUGGAAUUGUGGUGGAAGAGAAGUAAACCAGGUACCAAAAUCUUCAAUAAGUAUGUGCAGAUAACUGGAAGAUUAAUAGGUAGAAGACCAACAGAAAGGUAUAGCUGUUGUUGCUAGUGUUAUGGCACAUGCUUCUAAAUGAAGGUUUUGACGUAGGAGAAAUUGUGUAACGAUGUGUAAUGAGGAAUACAGCCAACCCACCAUUUGAGGGAGCUGUUGGUGGGUAGCUUCAUAUGGUGGUAGCAGACAGCAUUUUGCUGAAGACAGACUUGCCUUUUGGAGAGGUUUGGGCAGGCUAGGAGAAGGUGUGAAGGUCCCUUUAAAUAGGUCAGUGUAGGAAGAGAGUUGAAUGAGGGAAAAAAGGGAUAUGAGGCAUGAGGCUUGGUGUGGAGGUUGGAUGUGCUCUUAGGGAAAGACGAGUAACCAACUAGUUGUGCUGAUGGCCUUCAUCUCAGCCCUGGUCUUCACAGAUCAUUGCGGGGUGAGACAGACUGGGUGUAGCUCUCAGGAAGGUCAUUUGAAACCUUGGAGACCUCACUUUCAACCUUGCACUGGGAGGAGUUACCUUCAGAAAAGAGUGCUUGUGAUUUCACGUAUUUUUGCUGACUUGUAAAAGAGACACUUGGAUGGUGGAUUAACGAGAGCAUUAACAUUCUGUGAAAAGUUUCAAAUUGGAGAAUAUUGAAUUUUCACCCUAGUCCAGCAGCUCUGCUGCUCACUUAAAUACAGAUGAAUGAAGACCCCAUUCGGAAAGACACCUGGCCAGCGGUCCAGAGCUGAUGCAGGCCAUGCUGGUGUAUCUGCAAACAUGAUGAAGAAGAGGACGUCCCACAAAAAACAUCGGAGCAGUGUGGGGCCGAGCAAACCUGUUUCCCAGCCCCGGCGGAACAUCGUAGGCUGCAGGAUUCAGCAUGGGUGGAAAGAGGGGAAUGGCCCUGUUACCCAGUGGAAAGGAACCGUUCUGGACCAGGUGCCUGUAAAUCCUUCUUUGUAUCUUAUAAAAUACGAUGGAUUUGACUGUGUUUAUGGACUAGAACUUAAUAAAGAUGAAAGAGUUUCUGCGCUCGAAGUCCUCCCUGAUAGAGUUGCCACAUCUCGAAUCAGUGAUGCACACUUGGCAGACACAAUGAUUGGUAAAGCGGUGGAACAUAUGUUUGAGACAGAGGAUGGCUCUAAAGAUGAGUGGAGGGGAAUGGUCUUAGCACGUGCACCUGUCAUGAACACGUGGUUUUACAUUACCUACGAGAAAGACCCUGUCUUGUACAUGUACCAGCUCUUAGAUGAUUACAAGGAAGGCGACCUUCGCAUUAUGCCUGAUUCUAAUGAUUCACCUCCAGCAGAAAGGGAACCAGGAGAAGUUGUGGACAGCCUGGUAGGCAAACAAGUGGAAUAUGCCAAAGAAGAUGGCUCGAAAAGGACUGGCAUGGUCAUUCAUCAAGUAGAAGCCAAGCCCUCCGUCUAUUUCAUCAAGUUUGAUGAUGAUUUCCAUAUUUAUGUCUACGAUUUGGUGAAAACAUCCUAGAUGUCAUCAUGAACUCUGCCAAAUUUGUGGAACUAUUAAAUGUAUAAUUUGUAGACAUAAAGACUUGAUUGCUUUCCAGUUUAAUGAAAGCUUAAAUGUCCCUGCGAACCCACAAUCUCUGCCAGCAGAACUGGUUUUGUUCUGAAUAGUACAGAUUGAUGUGAACACAAAGCAUUUUGUGUAAGGAGAACUCCUUCCUCUUAAAAGAAGUCUGUCUGUUUGGAGGGGAGUUACAGGCAAGUUUGGUAAAAGUUAAGCUAGUAUCAUAGUCAUUUAAAACUGUAAUAGAUCUUAACCAUGUUCCCCUUCACUCUAACACUCUUAUUCUGCUGCCACAAUGCAAGCAUAGUUUGGUAUUUUUGUUACUGCCUUUUUUUGAGAUAUAUGUAUCUAUAUCUACCUAUAUGUGUGUGUAUGUAUAUAUAUUAUAUACACACGUACACACACCAUUGGCAGUCCUUUCUUUGUGGAUUGGAAUGGGGGUGACAUAAUUUUCUCCAGUUUAACAGGAGUGCUUGACCCAAAUCAGUCCUAUUUAUGAUAUUAUUGCUUUUUAUUUAAAAUUAAAAUUUGGGCACAGGAAGCACAUAAGAAUGUUCAGCUUGUUUUGAAAGUCGGAAGUUCAGAGCACCUUUUCUAUCUGGAGGCUUUAAACCAUAAAUCCAAAUGUGAAUUAUUUGUGAACAGUUGAUGAUCCGCAUUAGAAUUUUGCAAUCUGGUAAGAAAUCUGGGUAAAAGGCUGCCUUUAAUUCUAAGCUUUGUAAUUUGUUUUUUUAGAACAACACUUUAUUCCGUAAAAUAGAAUAAGUGUUUAUAUGAUUUUUUUUGUUUACUCUUAAAUCGUAAAUACUUUUUAGUAAAGCCCAGGUCCUUGGUCCACAUAGUGUAAUGUAGGUGUGUAUUUUGGACAGCACAUUUGGUCCAUUAUUUGUACAAAUCAGUAAUCUGGAUUUUAGUAUAUGGAUUUAAAAAGGCAACAGUACAUCAGUGUGUGUUUGUGGUAAGUUCCUGGAAGAACACAGUGCUUUUAUAUCAGAAAUGUAAGUUUUAAGAGUGGCAUUGUUGCCUUCUAACAAGUUCUCUGGGACUUUUUAAUUUUUAUUACUAUUAUUGCUGAUAUAUGAUUACAGUCAGAAACAACCCCCUACCCCCCGUUUUUCCCCACAGAGAAUGUCUAGAAAAAUAACAGCUUGAUCUCUUGACAUCUUUUGUGGUGGUAUACGUAUGUCCUUGCUCCAGGUGUGCUGUUGAUGUGGAUUCAUUCCACUCAGCGGCCCCUCGGGGUUUGCAUGUCAGUGGUGCGUUACCAUAGAAGGUCCAGUCGUUUGUGUUCACUUGUGGGUGUAAGUAAUAGCAGCCCUUAUCCACAGAGUCCUUUCAUGGUUUAUUCCUGCAAGGUUGUUUUAAACUGAAUUAGAACUGCAGAUGUGAUUGGUUGAUCAGCAAAGCAGCUGCUCUCACUUUGUUUUGGAGGAAGCCUGGUGGUUUGACAGCCAGGAGAAAGGCCAUAUGUGAAACUAGUCUCUUGGGAAGAUUGGAAAUCUUACCUGUGGUUUGGGUAGAGCCUAAACGUGCAUGCUGUCAGUGAAAUGCCAGAGGUUUGGGUCAGAGGUCCAAGUGACCUCUGUUGUGGCUGUUCCUGACACUAGAAAUCACAUACUUUCCAGGCCUCACUGCACAUGAUUUGCUUGAUGUCCAUUUUAGCCUUCAUAAGGGCUUGUGCCUUGUGCUGUUGGAUGGUAACGGCCACUCACCAUGUAAACACAGUGCCUCAGUUUUUUGUCCACAGCUGCUGUUGCCCUGUGCCCAGUGCUUCACUGUGGGCAGCCAGGGCCAAGCUUGUGAAAGCAGUGUGAUACCCAAAACAUAGGUGCUUCUUGUGUAUGUGAACAGGUGUUGUUCUGCAGAUCUGCUGUGUUUUCCUGUUGACUCUUAAAGAGUCCCUGCAUGUAAAUCUCAAAGCUGAGCCUGGCUCCCGGAGCCCAGACUGACAUUUACAGUACAGGAGUUUGUGAGUGUGUCCAGCAUGCACAGACUGUGCAGAACUUGGCAUAGUGACUUUGGGCUGAAAAAUAAAGUUGAUUUUGAUCUAUUCUGAGGAUUGAGUCAAUUGAAACAUUUCUAGCGUUACCUAAUGACUUGCAUUGUGGUUUUUCUGCAAGCAACAUUAAUAUACCACACAAUCUCCCAGUCUCUAGAUGAAUGCAACGUCAUGAUUAUGGUGAUGUCGAUGAUGAUGACGUUAAUUGUUGUUCCAUUUAUUGCCUUUAGGGCUGAGGGAAGGGGAAGCUUUUUUUUGUUGGGGUUUUUUUUUUCCAUCUUUUUCCCCAUUCUGUCUUUUUUUUUUUUUUUUCUUUUGGUGGCUUAUGCCAUACUUAAUGACUCUGUGACUAAUUCUGCUCCCAAGCCCAUGUAUCUUGGGCUUCAUUUUAGGCUCAUGUUUCAGAUCUGCAUGCAUUGCUUGCAUUUUUCUGGUAUCUGAAUGUUGGUUCCUUGUUCUAGGAAUUCAACAUUAAUUUCCAAAAUUAUCAUGGGACUUGUGACAACAUGAGACAUGAAUCUAUGUAUAAAAUUUAUCGGCCUUUCUCAUUUACCUGCUCUAGUAUUAUUGUAUUGUGUGUGCGUGCGUGUGUGUGAUGUCAGGCUGCCACGUAAAACUUCAGAGAAAAAUCUUAAAAGCAGACCAUCCUUUUUGCAUGCUGUAUUCUAAGUAGAAUGUUCAAUGUAACUAACUAAAAUUGCAUGUUAAUGAUAUUUAGGUUUUUUGGGUUUUUUUUUUUCUUUAUUUUUAUUUGCUUUCAGUUUCCUGUAUAUUUGCUUACUGUGCUGUUUUAGUGGUUGUAGGAUAAAAAUGCACUGGUGAAGCAAAUGUAGUGCCAACAGAAGGUGAUUUUCCAGUUGUAAAUGUCAUGCAGCAUUUGAAGGGACUGUGCUUUCUUUAAAAAAAAAAUCACAGUUCUAAACCAGAUUUCAUUUCUAUUAUCGUUUUAUGUGCCAAACCGCGAAGUGCAUUGGGCUUGAAUCUGAACACUGUAGACCCAUUAGAAGACUGUUCCGAUUGUCACAAAUUGUAGUGCCUGAAAACACUCUUAAGCUGAUUGUCUUAAAAAAAUGAAAGUUCUCCAAAGACAAAACAGGAACAACUAUUACAACAAAACUAUGGUCGAAAUGUCUGUGGUUCCUUGGAAAUGCUGCGCUCUUUGUGUUUUCCAUCAUUAGUGCAGUUUGAAUGAAUGUGUAUAGUUCAGAGGUCUUCGUGUUCACAUUUUAAAAUUAGGUAAAUGACCUCAUCUUUCGAGCCUGAAUUCAUUUUUAAUUUUAAUUUUAUUUUAUACAAUGUGUAGACAGUUCCCUGUUCUCUGCAUUUAGAAGUAUACACAAUAUAAAUCUGUUAAUUCUGUAAGUAAUUUUUAUAAUUAUGAUGUAACUCUAUCCUAUCCUUAAAACAUUUAAAAUAAACCCUUUAUGUGCAA